GGGAUGAUUUUCAAAAAAAAGUAUCGAUAGUUUCCAGCUGUUAGCUUUUCCAUGCAGUUUAGUUCAUUGGCUUAUAAAUAAAUUAAACUUCUCAAGCACAUUACCAAUAACAGCCUAGCUGGAGAGAAUACAUCCGUCAAGGACAGCAGUGACGACCUCACGACGAGAUUAGAGGAACAAAUUUGGAAAAGAAUUGAGUUUAUGGAGAAAACAAAAACUUUACGGCCUUGGACCGUUCUCAAAGAUAAAUACGCAAGCUUAAAAUUACAAAACUAAUCCACAAUGAUAUUGUCUGAAGAGAAAGGAAACAAUCAACCGACUAAGAAUGGAGGAUCCUCUAACAAUGGCACCCAAAACAUAAACCCAAGAAAUGCAUUAAAUUACCACGACGAUAUUGGAUCCUUCGAAGAACCUCUUCGGAAUAUGAGAAACUCUAUAAGAUUCCCAUAUGUGUUGGAUUCAACAGAUAUAUUUCAAAAUGGAGGAGACCAAGAAGAAUACAUGGCUUUUGAAAACAAUAGAUUUGAAAUGGAAAAGACCAAACUAGAGUUAUUAAAACAGAAAUGUAAAGUGGAAAAAGAGCAACUGGAAGCACUGAACGUUCAUCUGGAAAAACAAUUACAUGAGAUGGAAUGAUAGAAAUAUAAAAGGUUUUUUAGCUAAAGAUUUUUGUAAGUUAAAUGUGAUAUAAAUAAUGAGUCAUUGACUGGUGUAAUAUUUAAGUAAAAAUAAAUGUGAAAUUUUAGAAUCGUA